UUUAAAGCCCAUGUAUGCCAUGCCUUUCUCUUCACUUGCAAACACUUAAUUUGUAGACAUUAAGUCAAGAUGCAACACCCACCAUUCUUGUUUCUCUUCUUUGCCUUUCUUUCCAUCUUUUCACCUUUGUUAAUCUCCUCUCAAUCUCCACCACCACCGGUACCACCACAAUCGCCUUCCGAUGCAUGCAAAUCCACCCUCUAUCCUAAGCUUUGUCGUUCAAUCUUAAAAACAUUCCCUUCAUCUUCUUCGAACCCUUAUGAGUACAGCAAGUUUUCAGUCAAACAAUGCCAUAAACAAGCAAAAAGAUUGUCUAAAGCGAUAAACUAUCACUUAACGCACAAAAACCAACGUUCCAAGAUGACCCAUGAAGAGUUUGGUGCUUUGCAAGAUUGCCAUGAGCUCAUGGAACUCAACGUGGACUACUUUGAGACCAUAUCUAGCGAGUUGAAAUCAGCCGCGUCAAUGAACGAUGUGCUGGUUGAGAGAGUCAAGAGUUUGCUCAGUGGGGUAGUGACCAACCAACAAUCUUGCUACGACGGGUUGGUUCAGUCCAAGAGCAGCAUUGCCAGUGCUCUGUCUGUGCCUCUCUCUAAUGGCACUCAAUUGUACAGUGUCUCUCUAGCUUUGGUCACACAUUCACUGGGGAAGAAUUUGAAGAAGAACAAGGGAAGAAAAGGGUCUCAUCAUCGUGGAAUCUUGAGGAAGGGGGUUCGUGAACCACUGGAAACUCUUAUCAAGGCUCUAAAGAAAACAGCAUCCUGCCAUAAAUCAAGCAAUUGCCACAGGGAAGAACGCAUCCUUUCUGGCGAUGCUGACGACGGGAUUCUUCUUAAUGAUUCAGUGAUUGUUGGCCCUUAUGGUGAUGACAACUUUACAACCAUUACAGAUGCCAUUGCAUUUGCUCCGAACAGUUCAAAACCUGAAGAUGGCUACUUUGUAAUAUUUGUUAGAGAGGGGAUUUAUGAGGAGUAUGUUGUUGUUCCCAAAAAGAAGAAGAACAUAAUGAUGAUUGGAGAAGGGAUUAAUCGGACCGUCAUCACGGGAAACCAUAGUGUAGUUGAUGGCUGGACAACCUUUAAUUCUUCCACUUUUGCUGUUUCUGGGGAGCGAUUUGUGGGAGUAUACAUGACGUUCAGGAACACGGCAGGUCCUCAGAAGCACCAAGCAGUAGCUCUGAGGAACAAUGCUGAUCUCUCCACUUUUUACCGGUGCAGCUUUGAAGGCUAUCAGGAUACUCUUUAUGUGCAUUCCUUGAGGCAAUUCUACAGGGAAUGUGAUAUAUAUGGAACUGUAGAUUUCAUUUUCGGAAAUGCUGCUGCUGUCUUCCAGAACUGCAAUUUAUAUGCUCGCAAGCCAUUGCUUAACCAGAAGAAUGCAUUCACUGCGCAAGGCCGUACUGAUCCAAACCAAAAUACUGGGAUCUCCAUUCAAAAUUGCACAAUUGAGGCUGCACCUGAUUUGGCUAUGGACAAGAACUCGACAGGCAGGAACUCCACUUCGAACUUUUUGGGGCGACCUUGGAAGGUGUACUCUAGAACUGUGAUCAUGCAAUCGUAUAUCGGAGAGCUGAUUCAGCCAGCUGGAUGGCUAGAAUGGAAUGGAACUGUUGGAUUAGACACUAUUUACUAUGGUGAGUUUCAGAAUUAUGGGCCUGGUGCAAACACUAGCAGGAGAGUGAAAUGGCCUGGUUAUAAUCUGAUGAAUGCUACGCAAGCUGCGAAUUUUACUGUCUACAAUUUAACAACGGGUGAUAUUUGGUUGCCUUACACUGACAUACCCUUCUCUGGAGGACUACUUUGAUUAUAAAUAGGGACCUUAUUGCUUCACAAUAUUUUUCAUUCUUCUCGAGUCGACACUUCCUGGAUUUCUUGUUAUUCAGUGAUAAGGCAGAUUGUAAGGACUGUCUGAUCAAAUUAAUAAAAUAUAUGGUAUUUAGCAGUAA